UAGACAAUGAAAAAUAUCCAUAUAUUUUUAUUUAACUGCUUUGUUGAAUUUAAUUCAUUUAAGAUUUGGGUAUUACAUGAUUUAGUUUGAAUAUUGCAUGUAAAAUUGUAUGAUCUUGUUUGGGGGGGGGCUAUAGGGGUUUCACCUUCGUAAAGUAUUAUUUGACAGGUUUGACUUGGCUCUAGUUCUGGCUAGUUGGGAAACAAAUACGACCGAAUCUCGCGAGAUUUUGGGUUAGGGUUUAGGUUUGGGUGUAAGAUUAGGAUGGAGAGAUGAGAAAGUGGUUCUGACUAGACGGGAUACAGCUACGGCCUAAAUCCAGUGAAGUGUUGGGUUUAGGGUGAGUUUGGGGUAAUAAUAGAAUGAAAACCGCGCCAGUUCUUCACGCGAGAUUUUGGCCGUAUUUGUAUCCCUUCUAGCCACAACCGACCUGCGAUGGUAUCUCCAUGGCAUCUGAUGUAAACAAGCUCUGUGUCCGGCGCGAGAAACGCCAAACAGCAGAUUGGACCAUAGACAGAUGCCGAUUAAAAAAGUUAAAAAGGCAAAGAAGGGAAAGGGAAAAGGAAAGAAAGAUGGCAAGCAAGAGUCAAAAAGGGAUAAAGAGUCUGAUCUUGAGAGGGCAAAAGCAAACGCUGGUCUGUGGGAAAUCAGGUGUGAUAUGACCGAGACUUCACGCAUUGAGUACUAUGAAACAGCAGGGAGACUGGCUAAAGACAACGAGCAGCUCACACAUCUACAGCACGAAACUGAGAAGAAAAACAUUGAUGUUAUUGCUGUUCUAAGGGAGAAAGACGUGGAAAAUGAUGAAAAGAUUGCUGCCCUGGAACAGCAAAUACAGCUUGAGAAAACAAGAGCCUCUGAGGAAAAGAUGAAUUUAAUGGCUGAUUUUACACUAAAGAUUGGAGAGCUAGAGAAGGAGUUUGAGAAAAGAUCUAGUGAGUUCAGUACGAUUCAAGAGGAGCUUCAGAUCAUUAAUGACUUCCGGAAGAAAAAGCCACAGAUGGACCAGGAGCUACAAAAUAUGAAAGAGAUUAUGGACAGUGCAGAUCUAGAACAUAAGAAUGCGCUUAUGAAAAUGGAAGAAAAGUUCUUAAAUGACAAGGCCCACCUAGAGAAGAAAGUUGAAGAAAAGAUUGCUGAGCUUGCAGAACAAGCCCACAACGAGGCCAUCAUACAGCUGGAUGGUGCUUCUCGCUCUGUGUUCAAGGAGAAUGUACGUUUAAAUAAGGCAUUGCAUUACCACAUUAAAGAUGUUGAGGAUCUACGGAAGAGAAAUGCAGCCCUGGCGGACGAAAACGACACCCUCACCCAGCAAAUAGAGACAAGCCAACAGAUAAUAAAUGACACUGUAUCUCAAAUUACAACCCAGCGAAGCAAGAUUACUGAGAUGAAGGUCAAGGUGUCCACACAGGAGCAGGCCCUGGCCACCAUGGUGGCUGAGUUUGAAAGGGAGAAAGCCGAUAUCAAGCGACGUGUCGAGGUCCAAACUCAGGCCGGUGGCGUAGAGCUGGACAAACUCCAGAAGCUUCUUACCCUACGAGAGAAGGAGCUAAGCCGGGUGAAGAAGCUGGCACGAAGCGUGGUGGAGCAGCGAACAGACACGGAGAUCCUCUUCCAUGAAGCUCUAAACCAAGUCAAGCAGGAGAUUUCAAUGCAAAGCCUAAUGGACAGGCAGGAAGCAGAGGUCAAUCAUAGCAGGAGGAUGAAUGAGGUUCUGUCAGGUAGAAAGGAUUAUGCUCCAAUGCAAAGCAUUAACAAAACUAUCCACAGCUCCAACAGCAUUUCCACCGGCAUGCAGGGGGCUGAUAAAGGUCUGAAGCAUCCCGACGUAAACACAUCAGAGAUGAGCUGGGAACAGAGAGAGAGAGUGCUUCGACUGCUCUUUGCUAAAAUGAAUGCCCUGAAAACAAAAAAACCUAUUGAUGGUCCAGUUCACACAGACUCUGAAGGGAAUCGGUGUAGCAGUGAUGUAAGCAAUGCAGACGAAGAAUCUAACUCCACCUUUUUAACACAAGUACAAGAUUUUAAUAUGAGCUUGAGUACAAAGUCCAGUGACAUAUAGAUCAACUGACUGACCUCACUAAAGAAACUCAGAACCUUGAAUGCAAAACUUAUAGUAUAAAAGUAUAUUUCCUAUUCUGUGUUUAUGCAGGUAUAUGCUUUGCUUCUAGUUCAUAUAUAUAAUGUCAAAGUAUUGGAUAUUGCAUACUGGUUGUAACUACUAAUAAAAGUACUGAGGGUCACAGACUGUCAAAUUCACAGCUUAAAACUAUUUUUACAUGUGGAGAACUGUUUACCAAGAUUGCAUGUAGGAGAAAUUAUAUGAAAUAACAGUAUUUAGUAAUGAGGACGGUGCUCUUUAAAAAAAUAAACAUUGCAACCACUUGCAACCACAAAAACAUCUAAAAAUGUAUUUGAUUGGAGACAGAUUUAUUAUGCUUGCAGAUUAUAUGAACUGAUGCAAUUUUGGGGUAAUCAGAUAAGCCUUUUGCUGAUUAUAAUUAUUAUUUUUAAAGCAAAAUACACUGUCAGAAAAAGGAUUUAAAAAUUGUCACUGGGGUGGUACUGUCAAAGGUUAAUUUUUGUACCUUUAUGGGUAUACAACACCAGUGUUUCCCACAGGAUUUUGAGGAGACUGUGGUGGUGAUGACGUCACCCGCUUAUUAGCAUAUAUGUGACGUCAUCAUGUUGUGUUUGAGUUUGAUCUAGUGUUGGCACCUGAAAUAUGUUUCACUUCUACUCUUUGAUCUGUAUCUGUA